ACCGUUUUUUCCUGUGUAGCUCUCUUCUUCUCCGUUCCCUAAACCUUUCGCUCUGGUAUAAUCACCGUUUUCGGGAUUUUAGUUGACAGUAGCUUAUAUGCGGAAUUUGGAAUCUACCCUUCUUCAAUGUCCGUAAUAUGUGAAGGUCAUGAACCAUGUCAGUGACCGGAGUUUCUUCUGCUUUUGGCCGUCUUUUCAAACAAGAUAAAACCCACAAGCGUGUUAUCGCUACACGACCCAAUUUUACAGUGACCCGUCAGAUUCUUGAGCACCUUGAAGGCGGUAAUGUCUCGAAAGCUGUCUCUGUUCUCUUUGCUUCUCCAGAGCCAGUUGGGUAUUGGCUAUACGAGCGUCUUUUCCGUUCUUGUUCCUCGAAAUCUCUUGUUGUGCAAGCCCGUAAAGUCCAAUCCCAUUUAGUAACUUUCUCUCCGUUGCCUCCGAUUUUCCUCUUGAAUAGAGCUAUUGAGGCUUAUGGGAAAUGUGGGUGUGUGGAUGAUGCACGAGAGCUGUUCGAGCAAAUGCAUGAACGAGAUGGUGGGUCUUGGAACGCUGUGAUUACUGCUUGUGCGCAAAAUGGCGUCUCGUAUGAGGUGUUUCGUAUGUUUCGUAGGAUGAAUAGAGAUGGAGUACGAGCUACAGAGACUUCUUUUGCUGGUGUUUUAAAGUCAUGUGGUUUAAUCUUGGACUUGAGGUUAUUGAGGCAGCUGCAUUGUGCUGUGGUGAAGUAUGGGUAUUCGGGUAAUGUAGAUUUGGAGACUUCCAUUGUUGAUGUUUACGGGAAGUGUCUUGUUAUGAGUGAUGCGAGAAGAGUGUUUGAUGAGAUUGAGAACCCUAGUGAUGUUUCAUGGAAUGUGAUUGUGCGGCGGUAUCUUGAGAUGGGUUUUAAUGAUGAGGCAGUGGUAAUGUUUUUCAAGAUGCUGGAGUUGAAUGUUCGACCUUUGAAUCACACGGUUUCUAGUGUAAUGUUAGCUUGUUCAAGAUCCUUGGCCCUUGAGGUGGGAAAGGUAAUCCACGCCAUUGCUGUCAAAAUUAGUGUUGUGGCAGACACAGUUGUUUCUACUUCUAUCUUUGAUAUGUAUGUCAAAUGUGACAGAUUGGAGAGUGCUCGCAGAGUAUUUGACCAAACCAAAUCUAAAGAUUUGAAAUCUUGGACUUCGGCGAUGUCGGGAUAUGCAAUGAGUGGUAUAACUAAAGAGGCAAGGGAGCUCUUUGAUCUAAUGCCUGAACGGAAUAUAAUCUCAUGGAACGCAAUGUUGGGCGGAUAUGUACGUGCCCACGAAUGGGAUGAGGCACUGGAUUUUCUCACUUUGAUGCGCAAGGAGAUUGAAGAUAUUGAUAAUGUCACUGUUGUCUGGAUCCUAAAUGUCUGCUCAGGUAUAUCAGAUGUUCAAAUGGGAAAGCAAGCUCAUGGUUUUAUCUACCGACAUGGAUAUGAUACGAAUGUAAUUGUAGCCAAUGCACUUCUUGAUAUGUACGGAAAAUGCGGUACCUUGCAGAGUGCCAAUAUAUGGUUCCGCCAAAUGAGUGAACUAAGGGAUGAGGUUUCAUGGAAUGCUUUAUUGACUGGUGUAGCUCGAGUUGGCAGGAGUGAACAAGCUUUAUCUUUCUUUGAAGGUAUGCAAGUGGAGGCCAAACCUAGCAAAUACACACUCGCAACGCUCUUAGCAGGUUGUGCAAACAUUCCUGCAUUAAAUUUAGGAAAAGCAAUCCACGGGUUCCUGAUCAGAAAUGGCUAUAAUAUUGAUGUUGUUAUACGGGGUGCUAUGGUUGACAUGUAUUCCAAAUGCCGAUGUUUCAACUAUGCUAUUGAAGUAUUCAAAGAGGCAGCUACACGGGACUUGAUUCUAUGGAACUCUAUUAUCCGUGGAUGUUGUCGUAAUGGAAGAAGCAAGGAGGUCUUUGAGUUGUUCAUGCUUUUGGAAGAUGAAGGAGUUAAGCCUGACCAUGUCACCUUUUCGGCCAUUUUACAAGCUUGCAUACGUGAAGGUCAUGUCGAACUCGGUUUUCAGUAUUUCAGUUCUAUGAGCACCAAAUAUCUUAUAUUACCACAGAUUGAGCAUUAUGAUUGUAUGGUAGAACUCUACUGCAAGUAUGGAUGCUUGCAUCAGCUUGAAGAAUUUCUCCUCUUGAUGCCUUUUGAUCCACCUAUGCAAACGUUGACAAUGAUAAAUGAUGCUUGCCAAAGAUACGGCUGGUCAAAGUUAGGAGCAUGGGCUGCUAAACGGCUACAAAUCCGUUGUCUUCUGAAAACCAGGAAGAGCAACAGGAAUGAAGCUGUUGAAACAGGAUGAUUUAAUCCAGUCUCUGAAAUCUUUCAGUUCCUUUAUGAAGCUGGUUUCGGUUUAAAGCAAUUUACUUCUCGAAGUGGGAUUACCAGGAUUACUCAACCACGCCGUGUUGCUGUCCUUGCCACUGCCAAGAGAGUGGCAUUUGAGCUUGGACUUCGUCUCAGUAAAGAAGUCAGGUUUCAAGUUAGGUACGACAUAAAGAUUGGCGAAAACUCCUCUAUCAAGUUUAUGACUGAUGGGAUUUUACUCCGUGAGAUUCAGAAUGAUUUCUUAUUGAGGCGUUACUCUGUGAUUAUUCUCGAUGAAGUCCAUGAAAGAAGCUUGAACACAGACAUUCUCAUUGGGAUGCUCACUCGAGAGCGGAAAGAGAAGAUCAAAGCCGCUCGGUACAGAUUUUCCAACCCAAGCAGCGAUGCUUUGACUGUUGCUUACGCAUUGCAUUCCAUUGAGGUCUCGGAGAAUGGCGCGGGCUUCUGCGAGUCCAACGGGCUGCAAUUGAAGACCAUGGAUGAAAUGUCUAAGCUCAAAGAUCAGCUUUUGCGAAUUGUUUUCAGCUGUUCUAAGCCUUCUGAAACCAAAGACGGUUUCUCAUGGACUCAUGGGACUAUACAAGACGUAGAGAAGUCAUGGAGAAUCACCGGACCAUCUUCCUCAAGAAACCUGCUUUUACAAAAUGAAGCAGAGUUGUUAGGAGAAGCCGUAUGUGCAGGCUGGGCUGACCGUGUAGCUAGAAAGACUAAAGCGACGGAAUACCAAGCCUGCGCGGUUCAAGAACUAGUUUUCUUGCACCGUUGGUCGUCUCUCUUAAACUCGGCUCCAGAGUUUUUAGUCUACAGCGAGCUCCUACUCACCAACAGACCGUACAUGCAUGGAGUGACACGGGUAAAGCCGGAAUGGCUGGUGAAGCACGCAAAGUCUCUCUUCGUGUUCUCCACACCACUCAAGGACCCGAAACCAUAUUACUCGACUCACAGUUUGGCAAUAACAAAGGAUAGAGACCGAGCAGCGGUUUUCGGAUGCGCUUUGCUUCAAGGAGAGGUAUUGCCUUGUUUAAAAAGCGUGAGGGUGUUAAUGGCUGGGAAACCUGAAAUGUUGUUGGAAAGAGAAGUUUGGGGUUUAGAAAGAGUUAGGAGUUUGGUGAGAGUUUUGACAGAGAAGAAGAUUGAUAGUUUGGAGACUUUGAGAAAGAGCUGGGAACAGAAUCCGAAUGUGCAUUGCGCGGAGAUUGAAGCUUGGUUUCAGAGAAAGUUUCGUCAUUAUGUUAAAGAGCUUUGGCAAACAAUGCUACAGGAGGCUCAGCCGUAUCAGAAGUUAAUGGAAGAAAUUAUAUGUGUGCUUCAUGCUGAUGGCCUUGAGGCUGAUUACAAUUCUGGCAUCAUUCCCUUAGCUGUCUUGUAUAGAAAGAUUAUUGCUCAUAACAAUGUUGAAUUUGCACUCCUGACUUUGGCAGGGGGGAUUGCGGGAUGUCAGAUUUACAUCGGACAAGAUCUGGACUCUGAAUUGACAUGUAACAUGUUGUGCCAGAAAUCGAGCACCAUGUAAGUUCGAGUUGAAUUGGUUGAGAUGCUUUGUACUCCAUGUAAAAAUUGCAUUAUACAUGAUGUUUUAAGAGGUUCUGUUUUUUUAUGUGUGCGUCUGGAACUCUUUCACAAUGUUGCCUUGCGUCUAACUUUACUGCUUAAAAGCGAGAUUCUUUUACUUGUUGAGCAUGAGGUUUGGUUUUUGCUAAGUUCUAGAGUACCUUGUAGAUACAAUGCGUUGUAGUGUUUGUUGGCAUGAACUCUGGCUAAGACUUUUGUACCAGCUAACUCCAACAUUGGUGCAACAAUAAUGAACCUUGCACGCUGCUGGUUCAGUCAGAUGUUAUUGGUGUAUCUAGAAACAUUUCUGUAUCAUUGUUUUUUUAGAUUGAAGAAAGCUGAGCUUACCCUUGGAAAUAUGUGAAGGAUUUUUUGAUUUAUUAUAGAACAACUCAAAAACAUUGUCUUGCUCUUGCAUAGCAAAAAUUUGUAGCUGAGGCUUUUCUCUUGUGUAAUGGAGUCCAUAAGGUAAAAGUUAUUCACUCUCAUGCAUUGCAGCAUAUAGGCUAUAAAUGAAGUUUGAUCUC